GCUUCCACACAAGUUGUGCGCAGCUGCGAUGAGCGACUCCUCGCCGUGACUUAUCAUCUUAUGCAGCCUCGCGAUAAACGCAACCCUUGAAGCCUUAUAUAUCAACUACACGCAAUGGCGCGAAUGGCGCGAAUGGCGCAAAUCGAUGCGUCGAUGCCUACAGGAAUGAGUCCGAGUCGCGCGAGUUAGGCCAGCAGGCAGUGGUGUCUCCGUUCCCACGAUUUUGUGACACCAAGACGGGCAGCCAGCUUCACUGCCCUUUUCGCCGCUAGCAACAACCCCUGAUUCACUAAGUGUCGGUUCCAUCUUCGGGCUUAUCACCUGAACUUUACCCCCUCAUAAGCUCAAGUCUUCCUGCUCUGCAUCCCAAGCUGGGAGGUUUCAGCCACUGCCCCUCAACCAUCAACACCACCUUUUCCGUUCCAUUCUGACCUCAACAAAAUUUACCCCAUUCCAUUUCCAGAUGGAUCCGCGCCGCCCACAACAUGACUCUGAGGCGCAAAAGCCUUCAGCCGAGACGGCGAGCCCCCUACCUCACGGGCCGGCCCAUGGCCCUUCAACAGGAUCAGUCCCUUUUCCUGGUGCAGCCAAAGAUGUUGUCCUCCCCUCGGGCAGGGAAGAAAUAGCCAGGGACGACCCCGUUGUCAGGGAUUCAUGGCUAUCCUUGGCGUCAACCGCAGACAGGAACUCGACGGUUCCUAGCAUCUUCUCCGUCAGGGCAUCAACGGCCUCGACGCGGUAUUCCCAGCGUCAGUCGUCGAUCGAGUCUCCGAUUUCAGCCACUAGUCCUUUGCACCAAGAACUCCGCAAGGACAGUUUGUCCCUUGGCCGUCGCUACUGCUGCACCUUUUGCGAUGAAUCCUUUGAGUCCAAAGCUGAAUGGAAGCUCCAUGAACUCGAGGUUCAUGACCCAUUAGUCAGGCACUCGUGUCCCAAGUGUCCCGUUAGGUUUUCAGACUCUGUUGUAUUGACCGAGCACUGCGAACGAGAGCACGGAGUUAGGCCAGCGACCCCUGUAGGAAGGGUCAAUGAGCGUUUCACGGUCCGCACCGCCUGGGGUUGCGGCUUCUGCGCUGCAUAUAUCCCUUCUCGGGAGGACUACCUUGAGCACGUCGGCAGCCACUACGACGAGGGCAGGGGAAGAGCCGAGUGGCAGCACACACGUGCCAUCGAGGGGCUCCUCCGCCAGCCCCAUGUUUACGCUGCUUGGACCGAUCUUGUCAGCAGGGAGGAGCAUGCCCGAGGAGCAAAGCUGCGGUUCCUCUGGGAUCCAGACACAACUAGCCGCUCGCUCGAGGGAUGCCGUUCCCUGCAAGACAAGCUCGAGUGUUUUGCGAUUGGAACCACGAAGCCUCAGGAAAUCGCAGAAAUCGCGUACAAGAGUGCGCAAGUCAGACUCGAGAGGAACGUGAGCGACCUGGUCAACAAAGUUUUCACACGCGUGGGUGAGAUAGGGUCGCAAAACCUCACUCUCUCCCCCAUCAAGACCUCUCCGAAGCAAGACCCCAGUGCUCCAGUGUCAGCAGACGAUGUGGUCUCUCCGAUAUCACCCCUGCCCGCUCCACUGCGGAUAGCCACAGUGAACCGCCGAGCUUCAGACGAGAUGCUCAAAUCUGGGUCAUUUGCGGCUACACCACAAUUUGGUCCUGGGGAUGAGCGCGCGCCCCUGUUCAAGAAAACAGCAGCACCAUUGCCAGACAUAGCUCGGCUAGCAGCACAGAUAGGACCCGCUAAACAACCACUUAGUGACGCUGGGGGCCUGGCAAACCCCACGGUCCGGCUUAAAGCGCUCCGGCGGAUUGACAGCUCUCGGAACCUCGGUUCCUCCGAUCCCAUCGCAGCCCCGGGACGACCAGACGUGCAAGAGCAAAGAAACGGCUCACCAGAGCAACCCCCCAUACCUGCCUUCGGUAUCCACCCGGCCCCGCUUCAGGGGUCAGUAGCAACACGUUUCUCAGCAGCAUCAGAAGUGAUGGGCCGUCGACUUGUCAGUGAACCGACCUCCCUUCCGCCUCGUACUGCAAAAAAUGCUAGUUUAAGUGAUGGCGACGGUCUCGUCGAGGCCAGACAGAGUGUCGAGCUUCCGCUCCUUAGCACAAGGAGGGAGCCGACGUUCCAGACGCCGACGUUCAAGAACAGCCGCUACAAUGUGGCCCACUUCGAUAACCCUGAUUUCCAGCCAGAGGAGUGCACGCCCGAGGCUGAUAAUCACGACGCACCGCUCCGUCUCAAAGAACCAUCUCCGAGGAGCAAGAGCGUAAAUCGCUUGUCCGUCACAAAAACACCUGGAGCAUCACUUUUGAGGCCCCACAACAGCUCCAGUACGCUGUCAACGCAUACCCGCGAAGGCUCCCAGUUGUUUGACGACAGCACAAGCGAGACGAUGUCAGACGACAGUCUUUCCGAGCCUGAUUUUUGGUUGGAAGUCGACGGAAAAGCCAUUGCAUCCAGGCAGUGGAAGCUAUCGUUUCAUCAAACUGUUGACAGAGGCAUGGUGCGACUUUGGACACGGUAUAACCACGAGUGGGAUGCGAUGAUUAGACAGUGUGUAGGCGAAAGGGGGAAUGACUCUUCCCAAUUCCGUGAGUCAUCAGGCCGAGGGCGCCGGGGUGCACCUUCCCGCCAACCACUUGGCCGGGGACUCCGCCCGUACACUCACUAUCCAGGCGACCAGGACGAGGAGGACGACGAGGAGUACGGAGGAUAUCGCCCGCCAUCCUCCCAAUCCAAGAAAAGUUCGGAGUCGGUCAAAAGAUUCGCUUGUCCUUUCCGAAAACACGAUCCACAUACCUACAAUAUGCAAAAUUACGAGACAUGUGCUGUAAGAUCCUGGUCAUCAAUUUCAAGGCUGAAGGAGCAUCUGUACCGGAGGCAUUACAAGAUACACUGUCAACGGUGCAAACAAGUCUUUAGCGACGCCAGGCAGCUCAACAACCACGAGAUGUCUGCCGAGCGCUGUGAGGUCAUCGACGCAGUCUCGCCCGGCGAUAUCACAGCCUAUCAGGAGAAGCAGCUAAAAUCCAGAAAACACACUGCCAAAAGGCAGACAGACGAGGAGAAGUGGGCUGAUAUUUACCGAUUGCUCUUCCCUGGAGAAGAAAGAGUUCCAUCGCCUUACCCCGAAGUCGGCGAUGAUCUGGGACCUAUAUCGUCCGAGACCCGGGUUCUCCUCAACUUCCAGCACUUUCUGCUAACGGAAAUGCCGUCCCUCUUCACCCAGACGGCCGAGGAGCAUGCGGGAAGGCACAUACAGGCUGGCGAGGGCUUGCCGAUGGGAAGCAUUCCCAGGAUCAUUGACGACGCCUUACGAAAAGCAAUCCGUGCCUGGGAAACCGGGACGGGGAGCAGAGUUUCCGAGAGGGAAAUCUCCGUCGCACACUCUGUUUUGCCCCCGGAGACACCGACUUCGUCCGUCCAUAGCUACGGACAGCCCGCUACCUAUCACCCGCAGGCGGGAGUCCCAAAUGGAACGAUCCGGAGCUUUCCUCAGCCAUCUUUUGGCGUGGAAGCACCAUUCGUCCCCGGCUUGGCAAACGCGCCUCGCGCCGACGGUUUUGGAAGCGGUGAUGGCGACAUGUUCACCUCUGCGACCACGGGUAACUUCCAUGCGUUCGCCCCGCCCUUCUCAAGGCCACAUUGGGAAGCAGACUUGGAUUUUUUUGGUGGCAGUUCGUUCGAGGAGAAUCCAAACACUGGGGGCCUCUUUCGAGGCUUCCAUAACUGAUGUGUCGAGCGCUGUUUGACAGAUCCUUCUUCCAACGCGGAGAGCGCGCUACGCAGGUAGUCCUAUGCUCUUGCCUCGGUUGCCGAGGAAGAAUCUGUUGACCGCUGGCGUCCUCUGUUGAUUACCAUGUCAUUGACGUCAACGCUGCUGCCCGAGCUUCUACUGCCGGUAUAACCCGGGUGGAUAUCGGAUAUCUCGGGCAGCAGCGUUGACGCAGUGUGAUUCGGGGGACUGUUGAUUGGGCGGAGGAUUGAUUGGGGGGAGG